CAAGAUGGCGCAACCAAACUUAAUAGUUGAUACUAUUACCUGAUUGGCUGUUAGCGUGGCACUCCCACUGAUCAGUGAUCACUUCCUGCGUUGCUCGGUUACCAGAGAGCGAGUUCCUUUGUUCAACUUCCGGUUUCUUCCGAUGAAGAAGACAGAAAAAAUGAAUGUUUUUUCCAACGCAGUUUUUAUUGUUAUUGAUUACGUGUCGACACGAUAUAUACUAAUAUCAUUUUUGAUCGCCACGCCUUACUAACGACUUGAAUAUUGAGCUUUGGAGAUCAUGCCAGUGUUGUGCUUGGACCUUGUGUACUAACACCUGUGUUGGAAACCCUGCUGGUGGUCUGUCCUCAGACCUUGUCAAGUAACAAGUUGGUGACCAUCAUGCAUUGUGGUGUGGCGACAUUUUGGUUGUCUGGUUGUUUAUUUGAUAUUUUGUGUGUUUGGAAAACAAACAUUUGAAUGUUUAGAAACCAUUGUAGUUUUUUUACAAAGUUUUUUCUUGGUUUUGAUUUUGCGGUUGGACUGCGACUAAUAAGCUUGUGGGUUAAACUAAACCACGCCUGCUGCUCGCCUCGCCAAACAUCCAAGCAUCCCUGAAACGACGUUCAUGCUACCCCGUCUCACCCGACUCAGCUCCCCCUCCUCAUCUUCUGCCGCCGAGGAGCAGCGGCCCCUGAGAUCACCUUCCCCAAAUAUCGUCCUGCGGCGAGAUAAUGACUUUUUGAGCUCUCGCAAAGCCGCUUGGGAUUCCUCCUCUGACGGGGAGGGCGAGGCGGAGGGGCAGAAGGUUCCCGAUGUUAGACGCGAUGACCUGGCGUCGCGUCGGGCCCCUCGCGGGCCUGCGGUGUCCCGGGUGCAUCAGUUUGUGCCGUCGCCCGCCUGCAGCAGUAAAGACAGGGAGCGCUGGGAGGGCAUCCGGCGCUCGUCGCAGCAAACACUCAGCAGCGAGGGGGAGCAAAUCCCUGACAUGGUUAUGCGCAAAGACUCCGCCCCUCGUCGCAGGGAGGGAGAGGAAGAGGAGGUCGCGUGGGCGACGGGAGAGGCCGAGGAUGUGGGAGGCGAGGGAAAGGUUAAAGCCAGGCCCAAUGUGCAGACGGACGACCUGGCUCAUAGGCGGGCUCAGGCUAGGCCACGCCCUCUUCACAGGGACGGACCGGUGAGCUUGGCGUCCGCUGCCAUGAGCCAAGCAGACCUGGAGAAAUGGGAGAAGCUGAGGAUGACUGAACCAAGCGAGCCUAGCCCCGCCCCCGUGUGUCAGGCUUGUCUGGAGAAAACGUACACAAGUUCCCCAGGCGGACGGGGCCACAGAAAAUCGGUGACCUUUGGCGGCGUGACCGAGAUCGGACAGCCAGUAGGUUCGUUCGCACUGAGCGAAGGGUCGGGGUGGGAGUUGCUAAGACGACUCCUCUCCAAGGCGACGGUCGCCGUGCCGACCAUUGGCCUGGGCACCCUGCUCUCAGAGCGGGAACGCAGCCUCACUGAUGGAGGGCCACCCUGUGAAACGACAUCCAACCUUUCACCUGGGGCUCCAGAGGCUCCUCGCUCUCCUGCUGAGCUGGACGCCUGUCUGGAGAAGAGGAUGGAGGAGGAGCAGGAGGAGGAGGAAGAGGAGGAUGAGGAAGAGAGGACGCCAGAUGUUCGUAAAGAUGACAUGAUGGCGAGAAGAACGGGAGUUUUCCACAAGCAGAGCGCGUCGGCGGCAUCUUACAACCACUUCCUGCCUCUGCCGGCCUCCAAGCGCUGCCCCGGAGGCGAGGUGGGCUCUGCAGAAGUAGACUGGAUGAAGAACGGCAACGUCAGAGGAGCGAGGGAUGCAGGCAGGGAUGAGAUUGCAAAUGUAACAGAGAAGCAGGAACAUGUUGACGAUGAUGAUGAUGGUGGUGAUGAAAACGAGCCUGUGCCUGUCCUGGAGAAGGAUGACAUGAUGGCUCGUAGGACCGGGGCCUUCCAUAAAUCAAAUUUGGCCUUCAGGCAGUUCCUGCCGGUGCCAGGAGCGCUUAAAUACAACGCCACCACUCACGCUCCUGCGGUGAAGCAAGCCAAGCUCGCUGAGAAGUUGGCGAGCGAGAGCAGCGGCGUCGGCAUGGUGACCCAACGUCAGACUCAGCCCCCUGAACCCUGUCCCAGGAAGUGCGUAGGGCUGGAGGAGCACAAAGGGGACCCUCUUAAGGCCUCUGCUUCCCUUUCCUCUCCAUACCUCCGCUCGGAGGCUGUCCUCCCGCUUUGUAGGGAGGCGGAGUUAGGAAGUAAGGUGGCGAGGGCUGAGGAAAGGAUGGAGGAGAGCAAAAAGGAUGACGCGCCAAGAAAGAAAGCCUUCUGGGUGGAGGAUGAUGAUCUGCCACCAAUAAUGGUGAGCCGGCGAGUGGCUUUAAUGUCUGAGGACGCCGAGAGCGUGAGCCUGAGCGAUAUUGUCAACGAGGACGAGGCGGGACAUUUGCCGCAUCCGCUCAGCGCGUCGCGUCACGAGCGCAUGCAUGAGCAGUACAACAGCUUCCAAGAGGAGGACGACCAGUGGCGAAGCGACUUGGCGCGGUGGAAGACCCGGCGUCGCUGCACCUCGCAGGAGCUGAUCAAGAAAGAAGAGGAAAGGAAAAGGAUGGAGAGAAUGAAAGAAGAGGGAGGCGACUGUAACAAGAGGAAGAGCAUCAAGACCUACAAGGAGAUUGUGGAGGAUAAGGAGCGCCGAGAAGCAGAGCUGUGCGAGGCCUAUCGCAACGCAGCCACUCCAGAGGAGGCAGCCAUGGUUCUGCAACGCUACGCUCUCCGCUUCACCAUCAGCGACGCCACGCUGGACUACCUCAAGCUCCCCAGGUCCACCUCGGACCCCGAAGAGGCCCUACAUCAGGCGCCGCACACGCAAGAAGCAGUUAAUGAAAUGUUGGAGGAGCCAGCAUCAACAGAAGAGGAGAGCAUGAAAUGUGAAGAGAUAAAAACAGUGACACUCGACACUUUCUCCAACCCGCUGACGCCCACUGGGACGCUCCACUCUCCAGAAAACACAUCCAAAGAAUUCAACCAACGUCCAAUCCAAACACGUCCAGAACAACUCAUCCCUGUGGACGCUCCGUCACAGUCCAGAAUCAACCCACCUGAGGUCACACAAGUGCAACCUCCCACCGUAAAGCCCGUACUGACGAUACCCUCGCCUUCAUCGGCGCCUUCCCGACCCGUCCCUCUGCUUGCCGCCAAGCCCUACUGCCAGCCUCGGCGCUCACAUGGAGUCAAGAUGGACGGCCUCGUACGAAUAAACGGGGACUCGCCCACUCCGCCGUCACAGAAGAAAGACCUCUUAGCAAACGAGGCUUCGUCUUUGGAUCCUGAAAGUGUCCCCGAGAUGCCAGACAAGUCCCCUACUCCUCUUCAGGCGUCAUCCUCCUCGUCCUCUUCGUCGUCCUUCUCCUCGUCCUCCUCCACCAUCAGCUCGCUGUUCAGCGGGAGAAACUGCAUCACCAAGACCACCAUCGUCACGGAACUCACCCAAACGGUGGUGGAACCACACCAACUGGAGGUUGACGACCAGGUGAACAACACUACCACGCUUGAAAAGGCAGAAGGAGAGCAGCCGGCUCGGUCGCCAUCUUUAUCAUUAUCAUCGACCAUCAGCAUCCCGGAAUAUUCUCCCACCGUCACAGAAGGACUGGAGGAGAGCAGUGUGAGCAUUGAGACCCCCAUGUUGAACUUGGCUAAACGUGUUAAUCACUGGGUCUGGGACCCCAAUGAGGAGCGUAAACGGGUGGAAAGGUGGCAACAAGAGCAGGAGCGCCUCCUUCAGGAGCAGUACCAGAAGGAGCAAGAGAAGCUGAAGAAGGAGUGGGAGAAAGCCCAGCUGGAGGUGCGGGAGCAGGAGCGCAAACACAACGAAGAGGAGAGAAGGAUUUUGGAGGAGACUGUAGCGCCCCUCAGCCCCGGCGUUCUUGUCCAACAGCAGUUAGUCCAUCCGGGGACCGCGUCACCAGCGUCACACGACAACGACGAUGCCAGUCGCAAUCUCAUUCAUCAGCAAAAUGGGCAAAAAGAAGAUCAGCAUGUGUCAAAGCUGCACUUCCUCCAAGAUUCUUCUCAUGACAGCGAUCCAUGUAAGAAGCAAGACAUGUGGAAAACAACAUCCCUGGACCGGAACAUUCAGCCGAAUCUGCCACAAGGCGUGAAAAGGUGCGAUUCCCAUGAGGGUAUCACAGCAAAACAGCAGCAGUUGCCUCCAUCACCCACCAGGUGCGUUAGCGGGAAGAGGCUGUGUUCCGGCUGUUCACAGCCGCUGGGAAAAGGAGCGGCCAUGAUCAUCGACACCCUCGGGCUGUUUUUCCACAUGCAGUGUUUCAAGUGCGGCCUGUGCGAGGGGCAGCUGGGGGACGCCACGACUGGGACGGACGUAAGGAUCCGUAAUGGACUGCUGACCUGUCACGACUGCUACAUUUCAUCUCGCGGCAGAGGACAGCCCACCACACUAUGAUGGCCUAUCACCUCUCUACUGGAAUCCUGGAGGGUACACUUUUGCUAUCAGUGUUGGGAACCAUCCAGAACCUUGAGUAAUAUUCUGGACAUAUCUAGGACCUCCCCAACACACAAACCGACCCUGAUCGCUUUAAAAUCCUUGUAUUUAACCAUAAACGGGAAAAUAAUGGACAGCAGAUAUUAUAAACAUGCAUACAGGAGUGUGUUUGUCCGCUGGUACAGUUGUGUAGCAUGAUAAGUGUAUUUAUGACGGCUAUACAAGCACUAAGCACAAUACAUCAAACCACACACGUGACUAACACAACUCUCAUUUUAUGUUUGAACUCGUCGCGUGUGAUGUAAAGGUAGCUCCACCAUUAUAAUGCCUUACCAUCUCAUUCUUUUCCUGGGUUCAUGCAUUUAUACUUAUGCAUGCGCAUAUACAAUAUAAGUUAUUGCAAGUGUCCCUCUGUGGGAAUCGCAUUGGUUUGACUUGCUUCUCGAGAGUUUGCUAUUUAAGUUUGUUAUCACUUCAGAAUUUUACAAUGCAUGUUACUGACACAAAAUGAUGGAGUUUAAGUCUUUUCCCUUUAAGGUGUUUUAACCGUUGAACCAGUGCCUUAUGUGUGGAAUGCAAGUGUAUGUGUGGGUGUUUUUAUUUGACAUGCACCUACCGACGUGCGUGUGCGUGUGUGUGUGUGUGUGUGUGUGUGUGUGUGUGUGUGUGUGUGUGUGUGUGAAUCGACUUGAAGAACAGUUCCAUACCAGCAAAUGAAAGAAGUGGCUCAGCCUCUCCUCAUCUCAUCCAGCGCCUCUUAUUGUAUAAUGUAAACCAAUUACACUACUUGCUGCUUCCCUGCUUGUUUUUAUUAUAGAAUUAUUCUCUCAUUUGUCAUUUCAUCACAUCCCUCACGCUGCCCUCGUCUGCCUCUAGAAGUGUCGCCUCCUCCCGAGUUUGAGCUCGACGCUUCUUUGUUUCCGCUCGCUGUGAAACGCUCUGCUCCGUUGUCUUUUAUAGCAAGUGUAUGUUUGUCAAUAAACUUG